AUGACCCCGACCUCGAGUCACUCGCCCGUCAACAAGAUGGCCCCUCCACAACGGACUGCGUCCACCGACUCUGCCACCGACGGCAUCAGGAAACGCGUCUGCAAGGCCUGCGAUCGUUGCCGGUUGAAGAAGAGCAAGUGUGAUGGUUCGCAUCCGUGCUCGCGGUGUAAAGCAGACAACGCCAUUUGCGUGUUUGGUGAACGCAAGAAGUCCCACGACAAAGUCUACCCCAAGGGUUACGUUGAGAUGCUCGAACAACAACAGCAGCAACUGGUGUCCGGCCUCCAAGAGAUGUACAAGCGUUUAGUGGCAGCCAAUGCAUGGACCGGGGCAGCUCUCUCCGAGACCAACGGCCAUCCUCUCACCCACGACAUCCUCGCCGCGUUGGAUCUGUUGGAGUCCAAGCAGGAUGGCAGCGGUGAGAUGGAGACGUUUGAAGAAGACUGCGCCAAGCUCCAAUCCAAGCUCAUCGCUGAGGGCGCGGGCUUCACCCAACGACGGGGAUCGUUCAGCUCAGAUUCGGAACACAGCCAGCAUGGCCAUGCACGAUCAGUCUCGCAUGGCACUCCAGUCCUCUCGAAGCCUGCCGUGUUCAAGGACAACUUCAACUUCAGCGCCCCGCCUUCGCCGCCUGCUGAUCCAAGCCCAAUGCCAGCGCCUCGCCAUCGACAAUCCUUCCCACCAGCGCAACCGUCGCCACUUCAGCAGAGCUCUCCUCUCGCCAGCGACCCUCAAUUCUACCAAGCCGAGUGGGCUUACCCUCAAUCCAGCGGCGACAACUUCAUGCGGUCCAACUACGCCAUGAAAUCACCCGAACUUGAGCAUAAUCUGGGCAACAUGGACGACAUCUCCAACUCGUUCGGCCAGUGGGAUCCUUCGCAAUACGACAUGGCUGGUUUCACGUCAUACCCUCAGCAGCUUUCAAACGCAUUCGGUGGCAUGCCAAGACUUCACGAUGGAAGCGCACCCGGCUUGACCAUGGAUCCGUCGUCGAUCGAGCAUAUGGAUGUCGACUUUAAUCGAGACUUCAACUCAUUCAUCCAGGUCAUGUCCUGA